AUGGAUUUUUUAGAAUUUUCGAGUGAUGAAGAGGUUUAUUCGCAAUGUGAUUAUGAAGAUGGAUCAUCUGAAGAGGAAAGUGAUGACAGUAAAUUGAGCAUUUUCGAUACUCGGAAACAACCUGAAAUGAUAAAGCAUACAUUGAACACUCUCCAGGAGUCAAGUUUAGCCUUGACGUCAACAAAAUCAAAUAACGUAGCUUCUAAGCCACGUCCAUCGCAUGUGUCAGCAAAAUUGUCCUCUGCUUCAAAAACGGUAGAUGAUAUUAUGCGGCAAUCUCCUAAGGAAAUGGAGGAUGAGCUUAUGCCACAACCACCACCAGCAAAUAGCCGGCAUAUCCCUUCCAUAGAACAGGAUUACAAUGAACUUCCUGACUUACCUGAUUAUCUAUUGCGAGAGAAUAUGUCUACCCCUAAUUUUUCCCUGUUAAGAUCGGACGUGCCUACUCCUGACUAUUGUGAUGGCAAUUUAGCAUCCGAACCUCAUAAUUCACCUAGCUCGUCUUUGCCUCAUUCGCCUAUUCGUAAUAUUGCGGAAAACUUACCCUCUCGAAAAGAAUCUUCAGAACGUGGUGAUUUAGUCAGCCCGUCUAUUUUCCGUUCGCCUAUUCCAAAUAAUGCAGAAAAUUUACUCUCGAGAGAGGUAGCUGCAGCUAUUCGAAACGAAGAAAAUGUACCCUCUCUAGAUUGCCCUACAGAAACUUGGAGCACUGAUCGAAGCUCAAUGAAGACAAUUUACUUUACUCAGUCACAAGAGCUACUAGUACCGCCUCCAGCGAAUCCUUUUGAAGUAUUGAGACUUUUGAUUAAUGAUAAAUUGAUAGACCUAAUUGUGCAAGAAACUAACGCUUACGCAGUAAGAGUACUAUCUUCACCUGGUGUAACAGAUCAAUCAAGAAUCACACGCUGGAAGGAUGUAACACGUGAAGAACUUUGGACAUUUUUUGAACUGCUCCUGCAUACAGGAUAA